AUGGCACACUCCCUACGCCAAUGGUCAUGGCCUCGGAAAUAUGAAGGUCUACAUUGGCGAUUUCUUAGGAUGGUCACCCAAGACUCACUCCAACAGCGUAACUUACACCUUCAUAAUGCCAAAAUAGAUUAUACUUCAUCAAGAAAAUCUCACCUUCUCGUGGGAUAUGAAGUCGAAGAGGAGAUUCGACUCAUUCCAAACGUAGCUUACACCUUCAUAAUGCUAUAUGAAUCAUAUUUAGUGAGAAAGCUCACCUUUUCAGAAUUUGUGAAGAGCCCAUCAUUCUUAUACAAACACGAGAAAAGCACGGAACGAGGAUCUUCUACAAGCACAGGACGACAACAACAAAGCACGAAAUGCGCGAAACAACAACAACCUACAAGCACGAAACAACAGACUUCUACAAGCGCGAAACAACAAACUUCUACAAGCACGAAACAAACUACAAACGCAGAACAAAAAAGUUAA